CUCCCGCGAGCCUAGAGAGGAGGCGACGGUGCGCUGGGGAGGGGGCGCAGGCGCUGGGAGAGGACUCGGGACGGAGCUGGAGGCCGCCUGGCUGCCCCUGCGGGUCGGUGCUGGGUGCUGGGUGCGUGGGGUCUGCGCUUCGGCUGGGAAGGCCCUGCGGCACCGAGGUGGGGAGCAGCUGGUGCCCUGGGUGCAGAGAAGCCUCCUGCGACAGAGGGCCCGCAGGCCGGGGCGGGGCCGAGGGCGUCAGUCCCGGGCGGGGGGCGUCCUGAAGCUGCGGAUCUGCUGACCUGGGCACAAAUUCGGCUGCACUUGUUUCGUCCAUUGAGCGCAGUUUUAAACACGUGUUGAAGGAGGAGACAGUGAAAAGGAAGUUGUCCGGGGCAGAGAACACCAGCAGGCUGACGCUGGGGAUGGCGACAGCAGCGGCCAGUGCCCAUUCCCCAGCUCCUCUGAAUCUGAAGAAGGAUGGCCUUCGGACAGUGAAGGAGGAUCCCCGCUCUACUGCGGAGCAGGGAUUCAAGCUGCUGGUAAACAGCACGGGCCUUGGACAAGAAGCGCUGUGGAAACAGUUCAGGCAGUUGCGAUAUGAAGAGACCACAGGGCCCCGCGAGGCGCUGAGCCGGCUCCGGGAGCUGUGCCGACGCUGGCUGCGGCCUGACAUGCACAGCAAGGAGCAGAUCGUGGAGCUGCUGGUGCUGGAGCAGUUCCUGACCAUCCUGCCCGAGGAGCUGCGGGCCCGGCUGCGGGAGCAGCAGCCGGAGAGCGGCGAGCAGGCCGUGGCUGUGCUGGAGGGUCUGGAGAGGGAGCUUGGAGAAGCAGGACAGCACGUGGGCCCGGACCAGGCAAAGAAGCGGAAGACGCUCGCGGAGGAGGCAGCCGCUGUGGGAGCGGUGCGGGGGCUGCGGGUCCAGGCCGAGCGGGACGUGCCAAAGCCUGAAGAAGGGAAGGGUGAGGAGACUAGGACUGAGCAUGGGAAGAUGGUUGUGGAGACAGACUCUUGUGGCAGAGUGGAGUCGUCUGGGAAAGCAUCUGAACCCAUAGAACCGCGUCCUGAGGACCCUGACUUGGAAAGGCAGCAGGUCAAGGCCAAGGAGAAGACUGAGCAUAAAUGCUUAGAAUGCGGAGAGGAAUUCACCCAGCGCUCAGACCUGGCUAGACACGGAGGGACUCACACACAAGGAAAGCUCUGUGAAUCUGCGGCUUGUCGGAGCCCUAGUCCUAGCGCACAUCAGAAAAUCCGCUCUGGACAGAAAGGCCAUCAGUGUCACGAGUGUGGGAAAGCCUUUCAGAGAAGUUCACACCUUGUCAGACACCAGAAAAUCCAUCUUGGCGAGAAGCCAUAUCAGUGCAAGGAGUGUGGGAAGGUGUUCAGCCAGAACGCAGGCCUUUUGGAACACCUCAGAAUCCAUACCGGAGAGAAACCCUACCUGUGCAUCCACUGUGGGAAGAACUUCAGGCGCAGCUCCCACCUCAACCGACACCAGAGGGUUCACAGUCAGGAGGAGCCCUGUGAGUGCAAGGAGUGUGGGAAGACCUUCAGUCAGGCCCUUUUCCUCACCCACCACCAGAGAAUCCACAGCCACUCCAGAAGCCAUCGCUGUAACGAGUGCGGGAAAGCCUUCAGUUUGACCUCAGACCUUAUUCGACAUCACCGGAUCCACACCGGAGAAAAGCCUUUCAAGUGUGCUAUCUGCCAGAAAGCCUUCCGACUGAACUCCCACCUGGCUCAGCACGUGAGAAUCCACAACGAAGAAAAACCCUACGAGUGUAACGAGUGUGGCGAAGCCUUCAGGCAGAGGUCGGGUCUCUUUCAGCAUCAGAGAUACCACCACAAACACAGUCUGGCUUGAUGGGGCGUCCUCUCUGCAACAUGGACAGUAUGUUGACAAGCAAACGGCACUUUAGGAAGACUCACUCCAGCCAAUUCUAGCCUCAGAGAACUCCUGGGGGCCAAACGCGAGGCUCUGCCCCUGCACUUGUGCUCAGCCUUGGACCACAAGGAUUUGACCCUCGAUGGGACUGUGGGAACAAGCAAAGCAGCAUUCUUCACUGCAGGACUUCUCUGAGCCUUUAACAUGGUAAAUGCAUGAUUGCUUAUCUCCAGGUAGCAGAGAGCCACAUGAUUGAGUGAGGGCUUUGAAGUCAGCAGUGAGUCAGUCAAGUAUCCACGGAUUUAUAGGCUUCAGCGGAACAAGAGAAGGUUGAUAUUGUGUCUGCUACAGCAGCGACUAUAAAAUAAAACUAACCAUGUUUGGAAAUACACCACUCUCAAAAGUAUCUUAAAGUGAAAGGUUAAUGGUGGGCAUUUUCCCCCAAUAGUUUUACUAACCACCCCCUACUGGCAUCCCCUCACCUCCCCCCACCCCAGGUCAGCAGAAGCAUUUUGGAAAGCAAAGCAAAUUUGAUUGGACCACUCCCCACCCCAUUCUUGCCACAAUACUUCACGGAUUCAAGUUAGAAAUCAAGGUUUUAUUUAUAGUAUGAAAGAGAUUUCAUAAGUCAUUUGAACAAGUGGUACUGAAUUAAUUCAGGUAGCAGCUGUCUUGGUAACUCCAGUGCCAGGACAGUGGCUCCUGCAUAGACCCUGUUUAGUAAGUGGGGAAAGAAAUCAGACUUUUUUCCUUUAAUACUGAUAAUGAAAUUUUAUUUUAUUUUUUAUUUAUUUUUUAAAGAUUUUAUUUGUUUGAGAGAGAGCAUGAGCAGGGGAAGGGCCUAGGGACAGGGAGAGACGCAGACU